GGCGGGAUGGAGGUGGCGCGCGCGGGGCGCACGGCCGGGCUGGCGCGAGAUGUGCUGGAGCGCGCGCGGCGCCGGGCGGCGGAACCGGGACCGGGAGCGGGACCGGAGGAAGAAGCCGAGCGCCUCAGUGCAGCCUUCGAUUCGAUCGUGAAGCUGAUGGGUAAAGCCUCAAGGGAAUGCGAGAAGUACUAUAGCUUCGUGGGAGCCCCAAGGUGCAAAGAGCAUGAAAUUAAACACAUCUGCAAAUACCAUGGCAAGCAGGCAGAGGAAAGAGAGGUGGAAGAAGAGAGGUCUGAAGCUUCCAGAGCACCCAGUCGAGCUCAAACUUGCCAGCAACGUACCAGACAAGCUUCCAAAGACUUGUAUAUCGAAGUUUCUCCCGGCAUCUAUUCUGUCACAGCAAUCUCAGAUGACAUGGUGAAAAAAACCCUCGUAGUAGGUGUCAAUGCAGGACAAAGUGUUGAUUUGACUUUUGUUCUGUGAUGUUUGUUGUUUCUUGACAUCACGGGAAUAAAAUACAAGGCUCUUUUUACUGCAUGUAAUGAACUAUAAAUAUCCUUUUCUUGUUAGCACUUUAAUAGUAGCUUCCUCUUUGGGACUCCAUUUUUAUGGUCUGUAUAUUUGUUUUCUACUUAAUUCAAUUAUAUGCAACCCACUUUGUACACUGAUUUUAUAAAUAUUUGUACACUGUGUGCCUUUUAAAUCCAAUUAUGUGACUGUGUAAUUCCAGAUUCUUCUGCUUUAAACAACUAAAGAUACAAUCAGUGAAAUAAAAUACAUGAUCAAGCCUU